CACAACACACACCGAUCGACGACGAUAGGCGGGAUCUGAUCAGCCUCUUGCGGCGUCCAAAUGCAGUCUUUUCCCGCUCUUCAGCAGUUCUAUGCAGUCGUGCCCCCAUCGCUUCAUCAAUCCAACCCCCGGCCUCACGAGCUUACCCCUGGGGGUAGUAAUCUUAACCCUCUGACUUAUCAGACUACUCCCUUGCCUCACCGGGUCUUAUUCUAGUAGACUUCCACCAACAGCCCUAUGGUAUCCUAGUCAGCCAAUCCGAGAAGCUAGCCAGCCGGUACAAGGGUACCUAAUAUCGACGGGGACCCUAUCAGCUAUCACAAUGAUCUGAUAGGGGGUUCGUUUGAUCGAGCGUUACGCAAGCUGCG